CUAAUCAAACUCAAACAUGUGUCUGAUUAAUAGAUUCUACACAUAAUUGUAUUUUGUAUUGUUUCUAGUGCUUCAUCAUCUCACUGUGAUAUGUUUUUUUUUUGUAAAUGUAAGCUCAACGAUGGAGGAAAAAAUGGAACACAGAAUAUUAGAACUUUACAGCGGUAUUGGUGGCAUGCAUUGUGCCUGGAAUGAAAGCACAAUCAAAGGGAAAGUUGUAGCCGCUAUAGAUAUAAACACCGUCGCAAAUGACGUUUACAAGUACAACUUUCCUGAGACACUAUUAUUCACCAAAAAUAUACAAUCUUUAACACCGAUAGAAAUAGAAAAGUAUAAAAUUGACACAGUUCUCAUGUCACCACCUUGCCAGCCUUUUACUCGCAAUGGAAAAAAUUUGGAUGAAAAUGAUCCAAGAACCAACUCAUUUUUAUAUUUCAUAGAUAUAUUAGACAAAUUAAAUACCCUUCAAUAUAUUUUAAUGGAAAAUGUUAAAGGGUUUGAAUGUUCUACUGUUCGAAAUUUAUUUGUUGAAAAGUUGACUUACUGUGGAUUUGUCUAUCAAGAGUUUAUGUUGAGUCCUGUAAGUGUUGGAGUGCCUAAUUCAAGAUUGAGGUAUUAUUGUAUAGCUAAAAGGAAUAAUACAUGGAACUUUAAAAGAAAAGAUGAGCUUAUUACAUGUCUUCCAAAAACCUUUGCAAAACCUCAUUGCCUUAAGGAUAUUAUUGAAAAUAAUGUGCCUGAUGAUUACUUGGUGCCAGACAAGAUGUUAAGGAAAGCAAAUAUAUUUGACAUUUGUUAUGCAGAUUCUAACAGGUCAUGUUGUUUUACUAAAGCAUACACACAUUAUGUAGAAGGUACAGGCUCUGUGUUCACUGAAACAAGUUAUGACAUAGUACAGAAGUAUUUAAAAUUGGCUAAUUAUUUCGAAGUAGGUAGUGAUGAAUUUCUGCAAACCUUAAAAAAGCUUAAACUUAGGUUCUUUACGUCUAAAGAAAUCUUGCAGUUAAUGUCAUUUCCUAGUGAGUAUAGUUUUCCUAAGACUGUUACAAGGAAACAAUGUUAUAGGCUUCUUGGAAAUAGUGUAAAUGUUAAAGUUAUCAGUGAAUUAUUACAAAUUUUGUUUGAUGAAUAAGAGUAUAAUAGUUUCUAUAAAUGUAUUGAAGUUUUUUUUUGUAUUUGAAUUGAAAUGAUAGUAAUAGCAUUUUAUUAAUUAUAGUGGAUUAAUGUAAUGUCAAAAUGUUUCAAUUACAUAUUAUUAGAUGCUAUAUUUUUGCGAAUUUCUUAUACAAAAAAAAAAUUGAGGAGGGUGAGUGUGCUAUCAUAGGCACAAGGUGUACAAGUUACAUGCUCUACAUUGAGUGAUAUCACAUUACAACUUCUCUUGUGUUAAAACUGUUUUCAACCAAACUGCGGAGGACUAAUGUAUGAGAGGGCAAACACUUAGUGUUUUGACCAAUGUAGAGAAGAUAUGUGAAACAUACACACUCGAGAUUUUACUUAACAUCAGAUUAAAUAUUAAUUACACUGAGAAAAAGUAAGUACAUAGAGACCACAAUGCUAAAUGUUAGUUACAAAGAUAAUUGAACUAACUAGUGACUCCUUACUGGGAAGUCUAUAAUAAAUACAGGAACUACUAGAUCCAACCAAAACAAUAUGCAGCAUUCAUAUUUGAAGCACGCUGCUGUUACCAACAUAAGGAAACCUAGAACCAAGAACCUAUUUGAAAAUUGGUCUAUCAUUUGGGAUCUCAGUUUAAUUAAAAUAUUAAAUUUAAAAUUGAAAUAAACCUAAUAAUAGAAGGCCAUAAUAUGAAGUUGAAACGUUAGUUAUUUUUCCAAAAACACUAAACGUUAAUAUUGUAUUGUGCUGAUUUUAUUAUCCAAGUGGCAUCUUAAAAUUUUAAACAAUAUUUUUUAAAAUGUAUUUUUACAUACUAAUUGGCAUGGUUUGUUUUUAUUUUCCUAUUGUACUUUAGAAUUUAUAUUAUGAAAGUCAUAGAUUAUUAUUUUUGUUGUUGGAAAGCAUAUUCUAAUCUACUGUUUUUGUAAUUAAUAAUCUGUAAAAAUAAUAAAUUUAUUUCAAUAAUAAAUAUCAUAUGUUCAUUCAUUUUUCUAAUUAAACAAAUUAAAGUUAUAUGCA